UGCGGGAGAUGGUGGCUCCUGUCCUCAAGAGUUUCCAAGCCCAGGUGGUUGCUCUGAACAAGCGCAGUAAGGAGGCAGAGUCUGCAUUCCUGGGAAUCUACAAGCAGCUUAUCGAAGCCCCAGACCCAGCUCCUGUGCUGGAGGCCACACACACCCUGGAGGAGAGGCUGCAGCAGCUGCAGAGUUCGGCCCCAGACAGUGAGGCCCUGGUCAGGGAGGUCAGCAGGCAUUGGAGGAGACACCUGGAGUGCCUUAACAAGCCAGACGACACAGAGGACGGCCCAGCAGCAGCGUCAGGAGCUGGGGAGGCAUCGAGCCGGACCGCCUGUGUGAUGACUCCCAACAGCAAACAGGCCUUCAGAGCCACAGGCUCACCUCAGCAGAACCACCAGAUCCAGAGUCAGACAGAGGGGGAGGCCGAAGACGCAGAUACCACCCUGGUCGACAGACUGGGUGAGGCCGAGGAGAGGAUCAAAGUGCUGCAUUCAUCUCUGAGCACAGCCCAGACAGACCUGCUGGACCUGCGGUGUAAAUACGACCAGGAGAAGGCCAACAAGGUAGAGGAGGUCAGCGUGAUCAUGAUGAACCUUGAGAAGGCGAACCAGAAAGCGGAGAUGGCCCAGAGGCAGGUGGAAAGGCUAAAGGAGCAGCUGGCCAGUGCCCGGAGCACCACCCCAGGCAGCUAUAAUCCACCAGAGGGCACUAGUGGGGAGAGGGAUGAGAAGGGUGGUGUGUUGUCAUCCAAGUUGGAGGCUAAGCUGAUUGCUAAAGACCAUGAGAUCCUCAGGCUGUUGGAGAACAUACAGAGACUGCAGUUCGCACUACAGGAAGUCCAGMACACCUCAGCCAAUCAGAUCAUAUCGCUGGAACGCCAGCUGGCCUAUAAAACAGACGCUAUUGGGAGAUUAGAAGCUAAACUGCAAUCCCAGAUGGACUAUGACAAGAUUAAAACAGAACUCAGCAUACUGAAGGUAAUGAAGUUGGCCUCAGCGAAUGGUAGCUCAUCCCAGGAAUCUGCCAAGGCUGCAGAGGCUCUUUUGCUGGACAAAGAGACCUUUCUUCCCUCUCACAAAUACCUGAUGGAUAAGGCCAGAGUCUUACACAACAAUGAUGAGGACCAAUCGGAGGAGUCAGGCAGAGAGGGGGGCAGGCCCACAGGGUCCUUCUCCUCAGUCUCCCAGGUGGAUGUGCGUACCUCGGCCAGCCCUGGUCCUCCCACCAUGGACGUCUCCUCCUCUAGCUACGACCUCCCCCGCCCCUUUUCUGUGUCCCCCUGCUCAGGGGGCAGGCUGUCUGUGGACCACGUCCUCCACAAGCAGCUCCUCUGCUCCCCACUUUUCAAGAAGGAAGCCGGCAGCCCCAUCAUGGCCUUCCCCACCGCCCUGUACGCAGCCAAAGCCGCCCUAAUGUCAACCAAUCAGGGACCUGCAGGAACUGGGGGCAUUGAGGCGGGCCUGCCCAGCGACCAAUCGGAGAGUGGGAGCUCCACUGCAGGCGAUGAUGACCAGUUGGAGACAGCGGAUAUUGCCUUCCAGAUCAAAGAGCAGCUGCUGAAGCACAACAUUGGCCAGCGUGUGUUUGGUCACUARGUGCUGGGCCUAUCACAGGGCUCGGUCAGUGAGAUCCUGGCCCGGCCCAAGCCCUGGAGGAAGCUGACAGUGAAAGGCAAGGAGCCCUUCAUCAAGAUGAAGCAGUUCCUGUCUGAUGAACAGAACAUUCUGGCCCUCAGAACCAUCCAGGUCCGACAGAGAGGGAGCAUCACUCCUCGCAUCCGAACUCCUGAAACUGGGUCAGACGACGCCAUCAAGAAUAUCUUGGAGCAGGCCAAGAAGGAAAUCCAGUCCCAGAGAGGAGGUGACAUUAAGUCAUCCCUGGGCAGCCCCUCGGGCAGGAGCAGUAACGGGGCAGACAGCAGCUCAGAUGACACCAUCAAGAACAUCCUGGAGCAGGCCAGGAGGGAGAUGCAGGCGCAGCAGCAGGCCCUGAUGGAGAUGGAGGUCUGUGGCAGGGCCUCUGCCACCAGCGCUGGGCCCCAAGUGAAGCGCCUGGGGCUCCCUGAGGCCUCCAAGGGCCUGCCCCUACCCACCUUCAUCAAACAGGAGGAGGGGGGCACAGUGACUGUGUGCAUGGCCAACCCCGUCAGCAGCCCCCAAACCCCCCUCAGUGUCCUCUCCCCUGCCGCCUUCGUUCAGAACAUCAUCCGUAAAGUCAAGUCAGAGAUCGGCGAGGCAGGGACUUACUUCGACCAGCACUGGUCCGUGGAGCGGGGGCCCAUAGGCAUGGUGGGCGGCGUAGGGGGCGGCAGCUCUCAGCCCUUCACCUCAGUGUCUCCCUCCCUGUCCUCUUCCUCGUCCUCGGGCCCCUCGGCCCUGCCKCGGCCCCGGUUGGAGAACGGAGAGUGUCUGCCCAACAGUGAGGAGGCGUCUGCGGCUGAGGAGGACACUGGCUCGGGGAUGAUGCAGUCUGUGGAGGUGAAGGUGGAGACAGACAUGUCAGUGAGCGGGGAGUCAACUGGCCAUGGCCUGGCCUACUACCCAUCAUAUAUCCCCCGCACCCUGAAGCCCACCGUGCCGCCCCUGACGCCGGAGCAGUAUGAGAUGUACAUGUAUCGCGAGGUGGACACCAUCGAACUCACCCGACAGGUCAAAGAGAAGCUUGCCAAGAAUGGCAUCUGUCAGAGGAUCUUUGGUGAAAAGGUGCUGGGUCUGUCUCAGGGCAGUGUGAGUGACAUGCUGUCUCGGCCCAAACCCUGGAGCAAGCUGACCCAGAAAGGCAGGGAACCCUUUAUCCGCAUGCAGCUGUGGCUGCUGGACCAGCUGGGACAAGGACUCAACCAGCUCCCCAGCCAGAGCCUCUCUCAAGAUAAAAGCCCAGUGACGGCCCAGUCGUCACCCUCCCCGCCCUCCAGCCCAGAGGAGAGCCACCCCAGCCCGCUGGUGGAGCCCGUCAGCCUGACCCUGGAGAGCAGCAAGGAGAACCAGCAGCCUGAGGGCCUGGUGAACCUCCACCCAGAGGGAGGGAAGUCCACCCCCAGUCUGCUUUCCCUUCACCAGCCCCACGCCCCGCUGGGCAUCCAGGAGCUGGUGGCCAUGUACCCAGAGUUGGACACAUACGCUAUCACCAAGAAAGUCAAGGAGGUACUGACAGACAACAACCUAGGCCAGCGGCUGUUUGGGGAGAGUAUACUGGGCCUCACCCAGGGCUCAGUGUCAGACCUGCUCUCCAGGCCCAAGCCCUGGCAUAAACUCAGCCUCAAAGGCAGGGAGCCUUUUGUCCGCAUGCAAUUGUGGCUCAACGACCCGCACAAUGUGGACAAGCUGAGGGACAUGAAGAAGAUGGAGAAGAAAGCCUAUCUGAAGCGGCGGUAUGGGCUGCUGAGUACCGGCUCAGAUAGUGACUCUCCUAGCGCCAGCUCUGAGUGUGUGAGCCCGGCCCUGGUCUCCAUAGACCUGUGUCCCUACAGCCAGGUGAAGAAGCCCAGGGUGGUGCUGGGGGCUGAGGAGAAGGAUGCUCUGAGGAAGGCCUACCUCCUGGAGCCAUACCCAUCCCAGCACACCAUUGAGAUACUGGCCUCCCAGCUCAACCUCAAAACCAAUACCGUCAUCAACUGGUUUCACAACUAUAGCAGGUCCAGGAUGCGACGGGAGGUCCUCAUGGAGGGUCUCCAGGACAACGACACGGAUGCAGAACACCACAGCUACUCUCCCUCGGCCACACAGAGCCCCACCUCAGACGGGGAUGAGAGGGGGCUGCUGCACCCCACUGGACGCACCCACKCCAUCCUCCCCCUCAGCGCCAACACAUCACUGCCUCAUGUCAAACAGGAGGCCAGUGAGGGAGAGGAGGAGGAGGAGGAGAGGGAGGGCUUCAUCGGACAGUCUAAGAUACAGUGUUUCUCUAUGGGUGUCCAGUUCCCUCAGUUGAAAACGGAGCAUGGGGACCUGAUGGUCGGCUGCCAAGAGCCCCACCUGGCUCCACACUAUAUUCAGAGCCUGAGGCAGGAAGAAGGGAUGUGUAGCCAGGCACAGGGGCUCUUCCACGGGGAGCUCUCCCUAGAUGGCCCCCAGAAAGCCAGCCAGUCCAGGCACGGGGGUGACAAAUCCAGCAAGUCUUUUGUAGACCCAGUCAGCUUCAAGGCAUCAUCGGAGCCCUGUCGCAGCAGCCUGGAGGUCUCCCUCAACUCCCCCUCCGCUGCCUCCUCACCCGGCCUCAUGAUGUCUGUCUCCCCUGUCCCGUCUUCCUCUACACCCAUCUCCCCAUCCCUGCCCAACCCACCCACCACAAGCACCAACCACAGCCUGGACCCUAACCCCCUGCCUCUCAUCCAGAGCCCCAAGCCCAACAAGAGUGUUCAGAGACGCACUGAGAAAAUGGCCAACCUCAACAAUAUCAUCCAUAGGCUGGAAAGAGCAGCUAACCGGGAGGAGACCCUGGAGUGGGAGUUUUAGGCCCCUCCCUCCCUCCACAUUUCCUCAGUCCUGCUGAAUCGCACCGCACAUGGGAGACUCUCAAAGAGAAGCUUCCAGAGCACAUGGGGUGGAGCCUGGCUCCUCAACGCCUGUGCUCCCUGUCUGAUCACACUAAAUAAAUACCCCUUUUCGGAAAACCGGGGGAACCAGAGCUAAACUCUUACAGAAAAAUUCCCUUAGAGGACUUUUAGAAAAUAAAAAAUAUUUAUAAAUGUGUUUUAGGUUUUUUGAUAAUGYAUACUACUUUGAAAUAUAUGUAACAGCACUAGCUGUUGUUUUACUUAAUGGACUCUGACGUAAAGACUUUUGCAGCUAUGGUGUCAUGAAAUGUACACUGAAGUUGUGUAGAUUGCCACUGGGUGAGAUUAAAAAAGACCCCUGUCUUAAGCCAUCAAAAGCACUAUAAUUAUUUAAAAAGAGACUGACCAAAUUUGCUACUUUUUGAAUAGCAAUUUUUCAGAUUUUGUCUGUAAGACAYGACUGUUUAAGUCAAGUACCGUGAAAUUCUACUACUGACUGAGAGAUAGUCCUUUAAGACUCUAAAUAUUCAACAUCUCGUAUGUACUUGGUUUCUUGGUUGUAUGUUUUGAAACAUUUGUAACAAACAUAUAAAGUGUGGUUGUACAUGUUGUAGAAUUGUCUGCAAUAGCCUUCUGAACCAGAUGUUGCAUGGUACUUCACUGACCCUGUUAUCCUCUAUAGUUAGUCACCUGUGAUAUACUUGAGCAAAAAUUUGUGAGGAAAAAAAAAACAUCUGCAAAACAUAAAGGAAAUGUAAAAUCUAAUUAGUAGAAUCUAUUUGGUGUAUUUUGUAUUUAUUUUUUAUCAUUGAGGUUUACUAGGCAGUAAAUGAAACUCACUACACAUGAGCACAGUUUACAUGAUUUAUUUCAGACAGCUCUCGUCCUCUAAAUCACUGGUUUCAGACUAUAACGGGCCAAUGCACACCUGGUUACCUCAGUUUUUGUUGAUGCAGAUCAUGCCAUGAUUGCAUUGUCAUUCACACUCAUGACCUUCCAACCUUUGAAUAAAUGGAUUAAGAUAUGUUUGAGUGAUGUCUCAGACAACAAUGGAACCUGAUAAUCUUCUAGUGAGGAGUCUCAGGCAAACAUGAGCAUUCUUUAAAGGCCACGUUGAGAACCCCUGCUCUUGGAUUACCAAGGACAACAUGCUUCAUCCUCUGCUCCCUUUCUCUCCAUCCUAAUUCUGUCCUUUCAGAGACUCAUGCUGUUCCUCCUGCAUUCAUGUCGAUCUUGUUCUUAGCUCAGUGGGCAAACACAGUCUUGAGUCAUACAAAAAACUCUGGUUUGAUUACAUGGUAGUAACAUACUGUAGAAAGAAAUAAUGCACUAUAGAGCACUGACAAGUCCCUCUGUUUGGCUCUGUCCGACUGGAAUAAAAAUCUGAAAGCAUGGAAAUGAAUCCUGAUGGAAAGAACAUGAUACAGUAUGACCAACAUUUGACUACAUUGAAUUCAGUUAGAAUGUACAUUCUAUGACACAAAAGGGAAUUGAUUGUCUCAUUAUCCUUGCCGCUGGCCACUACUGUAUUGAAUAUAUUAGUUUUGUCAUGCUUGCAGUUCGUUAUAAUCUUCUGUAUUUUCCUUCUGUUUUGUACUCAACCAUUUUAAUAGGUCUUCAAUACCUUGUGUAUGAACUACUUACAGCACUUAGAUUUAAAUAAUUGUGAGGAUUCAAGAAAUGUAAUUUUUAGUGUCCACAAGUGAGUCUUUGCCUUUACUGUAUCGUUGAAGUUGGUAGUAAACACUGUCUAACUAGUUCAGAGGAUUUGGAUUGUAUAUGUAUAGAUAUAUAAAUAUUACACAUUUACUGAAAAUGAUAUCUUAUGUUAUUGAACAAAAUGUGCUGACUAUAUUGAAAUAUAGUGUACAGAUUUAUUAAAGGGAUCAUUCUUCCAAAUAACAAAAUAACAUUGCUUACAGGGUAAGGAAACCAGUCUACGGACAAGGAAUGACAGUAAUCCAUGCUUUGGUUUUAUUUCCCUGGCACUGUUCCCAAAUGUUAACCUUUUAGCAUUUGUGGCACAAAUCCCAUUCAAGUCAUGGUACCGAUAUUAGUAUUUUCGCACAUCAUGUUCAAAUCAUCUAUAAGCAGGCAAGCAAGGCAAUUUCACUAUACUUGUGCACGUGACAAAACUUUUUGUUGAGCUUCACAAUCAAUUUGAGAUAUUUUCUGAUAAUUUGGACAUGAUGCUUUUUUUUGUUCCACAAAUUCCAAAACAUUAGCAUUUUGAAACUGUGCUAGGGAAACUAAACCAAAGCAUAGAUUGCAGCCGAACCUUGUCCGUAGACUGCUUACAGGGUAAGGAAACCAAUAUGUAAUUUUGUUAUUUGGGGGAACUAUCCCUUUAACUAAAACCCAUAUGAGCCAGUUCUGGUCUGGCAAGCUUGCCCAUGUUUUAGACCUUCUCUCAGGGUAGUCUUGCUUCUUAAAGCUUUACUGAACCAGUCGCUUUCAUAACUGGUAAACACAAUAAUUAAUGAAUAUAAUAACAGAAGAAACCAGUAGACAGCGGUUCUGCCAUAUGUUAUAUGGGAUUAUGGAAGUUUUAACUAUGGGAAUGCACAUGGAAAACUAAUGGUUGAUUUUUGAGAGAAAUGGCAGGCUAUUUUGUAAUCCAUUGGUACAAUGACAAUGUUCAUAAUUAGGUCAUUUAAUAUAGUGUUUUUUGUGAAGCAAACYGGGAGAGGCAAAAGUAUAAAAUUGCUGACAUCCUGACAGAACGGACUCUUCCAUACUUGCUGAGCAGAUACAGUAUGUGCUUGACACUUCAGAAUGACACUGUAUACCUCUAAGGAUGAAAUGGAGAAUCUGGAUAUCCUAUAUUAAUCUAUGAUGAACUGUCCUUUAUUUUUACAACUAAUUUUCUAUAUCAGUGAUACUGUGUAUGGGAGUACUUAGAAGUAACAUUUCUUGUAUGAGAUCUCAUCGUCUUGCACAGAAGAAUUGACAAAUAAAUGGCUGAAAAUGGAAUUGAUUUACACAGACCCUUAUGAACCUUUACAUAUUCACAUAAACCUAAUUUAAUUGUUUGAAUUUUGCAUGCAAUUUCAUACUGGUCACUUAAAAGGGGAAUAUACUGUUUUGUAUUAUUGUUCUGGCGCAUUGACAUUGAAUCAGCACUUAUCCCUUUUUACACUGGUGAAACCAUGCAUGUUGCAAUUGGCAAUUUUGGUGACAGACACAAUAUAUAUAUAUUCAACUGACUGAAUUGACUCUUUGUAGUAUUCACAAGACGGGUUUAGUAAUGUGUGAAUAAGAUGGUGAAUUGAAUGAAAACAGGACUAAACAAAGUCCCUCUGAAAUUUUCUAUCCCAAAUCCCUAAGUAAAAAGCAGACAUUUAGAAAUGACUUUUUAUCCCAUAUCAAUUAAGCCUCAUGAUUUUUCUGGCCUUUUUGAUAGAUUGUGAUUUGAUGGUCAUAGACCUCUGUCACUAAAAGGUGCAAAGUGGUUGAGUACUUGGGUAAGCAAGGAUGGGAUUGUUUUACUGAAAUACCUAUGAGAUUUGAGUUUGAUCAUAAAGCGAUUCCAAAUGUUGUUUAACAAUAUGUGCUCUGGCGUCACCUCUCCUGUCAAAAUAAAUGUAAUUAAAACCUGUUAAUACAGAUGAGGUGCUCAAAAGGCUAACAUCUCAUCUCAUGUUUCAAGGCAUUGGAAGCUGUUAAGGAAUGGACAAAAAUAUACCAAGUGUCUUGGAUUCACAUAUGUAUGAAACCAUCAUCCAAUACAUUAUUGAAUAAGA